AUGAACGUGUCUCCGCAACCCCAAUACAAUUGUGCCGAUGUGAUGGAGCCAAACAAGAUCGGCGCCAAGGGGCUCCAGAUGUCCGAUUCGACCCGGAGGCAUUCGAGAAAAGACGCUCAAAAGUCCGUCAAUCUGGACUUUGACGCCCGUGUCCCAAUCCCCUUCAGUGUCUUCCCGUCGUCGUACCGGAGUGACGCUGUCUCUGAAACUACUCAGACUCGAGUAGAGGGAGAAGUCAAUUUCGAUCGUACUUCGCGCGUCGAACGGGAAGAUACUCGAGGUUCUGCUCCCCUUCCCGCUCCUGUUCACGGAAAGGAAGAAGUCGAGUUUCGCGUUCAAGAAGAGCGUCCUCGCAUUCGAGAAGAACACCCUCAGUACCAGCAGCAAUCGCAGCAGUACUCGGAAUCGCACUCCCAGCAGUACCAGCAAUUCCAGCCCUCUCACCAGCCUUCGCCCAACUACGCCCCUGAAGUUGAGCUUACUCGUGAACGCUACCCCAGUUACCAACAACCUUCUGUCGACUACGAAGACCGUACUCAAGUCUACGAUAAAGUCGUCGAAAGUCAAAUCGACCUCACUGAAAGAGACUACCGUCAGCGUACCUCUCCCUCUUACGACCUCGACGUCUCUUACGACCGUCGUUAUCGUCAGCCCGUAGACUCCGCCUACGGUUACCAAGCCCAGUCCGUCGACGUCUCGUACGACCGGAUUUCCCAACCCCAGACCGACUCUUACAAGGAAGACGACGUCUACCUUCGUGAAGUUCAGCCCCGUGCUCGUUACUCCACCCCGACCCAAGUAAACGUUUCUCAGUCCACUACCCGUGACACCGCCCCCACUCGCAAAAUGGGUUACUACGACGACGAAGGCCAGUACCACUCCUUCCGCCGUGGCGUUGAGCGCGCCGCCGACCGUGUCUUGCACCCCUUCUCUCACUCUGAGCAUGAGGAGUCUCACGCCGGUGAGGUCGCUGCUCCCCGUGAGAACGUUCGCGUCGUUGAGCCCCGCAACCGCGGCUCCGCUGGCGAGACUGUCCCCAUCCCCUGCCACUUCAUCCGUGUUGGCGACAUCCUGAUCCUUCAGGGCCGUCCUUGCCAGGUCAUCCGCAUCUCGGUCUCCCCCCAGACCGGCCAGCACCGUUACCUCGGUGUCGACCUCUUCACCCGCAAGCUGCAGGAGGAGUCCAGCUUCGUCGCCAACCCCUCUCCCUCCGUGGUUGUCCAGACCAUGCUCGGUCCCGUCUUCAAGACCUACCGCAUCCUGGACCUCCGUGAUGACAACCGUCUCGUCGCCAUGACCGAGAGCGGUGAUGUCAAGCAGGGUCUCAAUGUCAUCACCCAGGGCCACCUCUUCAAGCGCAUCAGCGAUGCCUUCGCUGACGGCCGUGGUUCCGUCCGUGCCCUCGUCAUCAACGACGGUGGCCGUGAGCUCGUCGUCGACUACAAGGUCAUCCACGGCUCCCGUCUGUAA